CAACGGUCGCAGGGACACCAACAAAAGACACAUAAAACGGAGCGCCAACAGUUGCUUGCACUCAUUCGAUCGGCAACUUUCCAAGCGAACGCACCGCGGCUCAAAGUGAUAGUAAAAAGAAGAGAUUAAGAUCAAUACAACAUUCAAUUCAAUUCACUCCACGAAACAAAACAAAAGCAACGGAUAAUGAUGGAGGACACCAGGAGCCGCUUGAAGAUCCUUUUCCAGGGCAAAACACACCUCAUCACUUGCGGAUCCUCCAACACCUACGAAGAGGUCAUCUCCCAAGCCAUGUCCCAAUUCGACAUUCCGGAGGGUCAAAGGAGUGCCCUGAUCCUGACCAACGGCAAGGACUACGUGUUCGAGGAGCACUUGCUGGAGUACUUCCUGCUACUGUUCCCCUGCCCCGAGAUCACCUUCCACCUGAGGUUCGACUGGUCCAAGAUGCGCAGGAGUCUGAGCAAGACCGAGUUCGAGUCGCUCAAGCGAAAGCGUCCCGUGGAACAGGAUCAGGUCGAGGAGCAGGAAAAGGAGGAGCCGGUGCCGGAGUACAAGCCGGUGCCGGUCUACCGGAUGAACUGCUUCCUGGGAUCGCUGCCCAGUGCAGGAGGCGCCCCCGUGCAUCGCCAGAACUGCUUCCUCCGGGAACAGUCGCAGCAGCUGGAGGAGAUUGCCCUGCCACGACUGCGCGACGAGGAUCUCCAGCAGCAGCAGCAGGAGCCGCAGAAGAAGCGCCUUCGCUUGGACGUCUGCGCCAAGUCGAGACGCACUGCGUCCGCCUCAGUGGUUCCGUCCGCCGUUCCCAUGAAGCGCGCCAUUCGCAUAUAGAUCGCCGAUCAGCAUUUGUACAUAGCUAUAGUACGUAUACGAUACUCCACUUAAAUUCUAGUUAUAAGCUAAAGGGUUGAACCACUGUUCCUAAGACUAACACUAUACCUAUCACACCAAAUAAACGUCCAAACCAAAUGUUAUAUUAUGUA